AUGUCGCUCAAGCAGGAAAUCGAAACUUGGGUCGAAGCGCUUGGUCACUACGACAAUCAAGAAUUCGAGGAAUCCUUAACCAUCUUUGACAACAUCGCCGAUACCUCAAAGAUCUUGUUCAAUUGCGGCGUCAUCCAUGCCACCAUCGGUGAACAUGACCGAGCUGUCGAAUGUUACCAGCGUGCAAUCAAACUCGACCAGUAUCUGGCCGUGGCAUAUUUCCAGCAGGGCGUCUCGAAUUUCCUCGUCGGCGACUUCGAAGAGGCAUUGGCCAAUUUCAACGACACCCUACUGUACCUCAGAGGAAACACAUACAUCGAUUAUGAGCAAUUGGGCUUGAAGUUCAAACUCUACUCAUGCGAAGUCCUCUUUAACCGGGGUUUGUGUUACAUGUACUUGCAACAGGAGGAAGCCGGUAUGCAAGAUUUCAGUUUUGCACAAAAGGAGAAGAUGACUCCAGAUCAUGAUGUGAUUGAUGAUGCCAUUAAAGAGAAGGCACAGGGAUACGUGGUAUUCAGCAUCCCCGUGGGAUGUGUCUACAGACCCAAUGAAGCAAAAGUCAAGAACCUGAAAGCAAAAGAUUAUCUCGGCAAGGCCCGUCUAAUUGCUACUUCGAAUCAGCAGAAUACCGGAACUGGAUUUUCCGGCAUCGAAAGAAGACAGGUCCUCGCGACCGAGUUUGCGGCCAAAGAUGACCGACCAGUCGAGAACAUCAGCUACGCAGCAACAAACCUUGUCCAACGGAAUUUGUCGAGCCGUGUUCCUAGGGAUCAGAGUGCUCCACCUGUCAUGGGCAGAAACGUUUUCCCACCUACACCACCACCAGAGAACGAAAAACCUCGUGGCAGUGGCAGUCCGUCCACCUCAAGUCUUCCCUUGCGCUCCACAUCUAUGCGGCAACCUCGAAAUGCUUUUCCUCGACCAGAUGUUGACCCUCCUCGGCCGGGUAUGUUAUCACGAUCUAACACCUUUGCUGUCAACGAUGCCGGAGGAAUGGGAAGAAUGCAACCUCCUGUUCGGGAGAACUCCUGGUCUGAAGAACCUGUAAUGGUCGACCGCGCACAAAUGGAGAGGUCUCGGUAUGGAACUCAAAGAACAGCAUCCGAACCCCGUGGUCCUGCCUCACGACAAGCACCACUGGGUCGCUCUAUGUCGCAACGAGCACCGGCACCAUUGUUCCGCGAACAAUCUAGGUACGACGAUCCAAACGACGCAGUGGACGACGUGUACCAGAUGUACGCAGCAGCACCACCCAGGAGACGACAAACCACCCGCCGUCAGGAACAACCUGUAUACUUUAACGAAGAAGACGAAUACAUAGACGAAGAGGGCGAAGACGAGGAGGACAUGACUGGGUUCGAACCCGUACGACGUCCUACAUCUGGACGAAGUAGUAAACGGGUCGAAAUGCGCAAGGUCCGAGUCAAAUGCCACUUCAACGAAGACACACGAUACCUUAUGAUCGGCGCCGUGAUAGAUUUUGGGGAUUUUGAAAGUAAAAUUAGAGAGAAAUUCGCCAUCAAGGACCAACUCAAAAUCAGAAUGCAAGAUGAUGGUGACAUGAUCACCAUGGGUGACCAAGAUGACCUGGAGAUGCUUCUCAGCAGCGUUCGCAACGCCGCGAGGAAGGAGAGAAAUGAAAUGGGCAAGAUGGAGGUAUGGAUCUCGACAUGA